CUAUUAUCGGACGUGUCGUGGAUGUACAUGUUACCCUGGAUGUUAAAGCAACAUUUCUAUGUCAAUUGGAUCUCCGACAUUACGUUUAACGCGUUGUUUUUUUGUUGUUGUAAAUCUUGAUUGACUUUCACUCUCCGUCACUCCACAACGUGGGAACAUGCCAGUCAGUGCGAUGCCACGGGGUCGAUCCCUGAGCCCGGCGUCCCUGUCCCGGAGUCUCUCCCGGCUCAGGGAGUUCCGCACCCGGACGCGGAUCAUGCUCUCUCUCGGAGUUUCUCAGAUGGUCUUGGGGAGUCUCAUCCUGGCCGUGAGCUUCGCGGCUCUAGCUCUAACUACCUCCCCCCGGGUCCGCCACUCGUGUCCGUUCUGGGCUGGUUUCUCGGUGCUGCUGUCGGGUUUGAUAGGAGUCGUGUCAUGGAAGAGGCCGCUGUCCCUGGUGAUCACCUUCUUCAUGCUGUUGUCGGCGGUGUGUGUGAUGCUGAAUCUGGCCGGCUCCAUCCUCUCCUGCCAGAACGCCCAGCUGGUCAACUCACUGGAGGACUGUCAGUUGAUUAAGUUUGACAGCGACGGCGUGUGUGUGUGCUGUGAGCUACAGCAUCAGAGUUCCAGCUGCAACAACCUGGGAGAGACCCUCAAGCUCAACCCCCUGAGAGACUGCAACACCAUACGCCUGCGCCUCAAGGAGCUGCUGUUCAGUGUGUGUGCGCUGAAUGUCAUCUCCACGAUCGUGUGUGCGUUGGCCACGGCCAUGUGCUGUAUGCAGAUGGUGUCCACUGAUGUUCUGCACAUGUUCAUGCCCCACAGGGCGCGGGCACUGAGUGCGGACUGUAUGACGCCUCACGGCACCAUCCUGCACCAGACGCUGGACUUUGACGAGUUCAUCCCCCCGAUCCCCCCUCCCCCCUACUACCCCCCGGAGUACACCUGCACCCCCGUCAUGGAGGGCCAGAGGAGUCUCCAUCUGGAGUUCCCCCACACCCCCUUCAGUGCCAUCUACGGAGUGCCCAUCAACAGCCCCGGCUCCCUGUACCCCUCCGAGCUGCCCCCCCCAUACGAGUCUGUGGUGGGGCAAACUCCUGCUAGCCAGGUCACCACCAGUCUAGAGCAGCAGGCCACAGAGUCAAGUCUGUGUGAUCGCAACACAACAGCUGGCCUUAGCACCCAGGCCUCAGUGGACAGUGCAUCUCUGAUGGUGUCGGAGCUGGCCGAUCUGCCUGACCCCAACUGCUCGUCGGAGGACCUGUGUUCCCUGGAGGUGCAGGGUUCGGACAUGUCCCCCUACGGAACGCUCCGGAAUGCCGGUCCCACAGCCACCCCCACCGACGGCAGCUGCACCAGCCUGGAGCACAGCAGCCACCGCUCAACGCCCCAUCACCUCCUCCGUCAUCCCGCCACCCCAACCUCCCGCUCCUCGGAAAACCUCGCCGCCGGCGCGGGAGACGAGGACGAGCGGGAGUGCUGCUCCCGGAAUUCCCAAAUCUCGGAAUCCUCCCAGCGGCGGAAUUCCCGGGAUUCCCGGGGGUCCGGCAGGAAGAUGACACUGCCGGUGGCGGCCUCCCUACCCUCCUCCUCCCACUCCCGCUCCCGCGGUGCUCGCCUCUGCUUCAGCGUCUGGUCUCCCUCCUCCUCCUCCUCCUCCUCCACCACACACACCUCCUCCCUGCCCUCCUCCGGCCCCGCGCCCUGCGAUCGCCCGCGAGCGCUCCGGGCGGCUGGGAGAAGGUACCGGAAGCUGGCGCGGAUAGUGCGCUCCACCAGUGACCCUGUGUCCUGCACGUCAGAGUCCAGAGGUGACGGCUGCAGCUGCGCUUCUCCAGGUAACCAGCCCCCUGAAGGCUCCCCCCCGCAAAUCUCACCUGAGCCAGAGCAACCAGAAGCAACAGCAUCUAUGCAGGGCCCCCCCAAGCCCAUCUCCCGCGGUGGCGGCGGCGGCGGGGGCCGUAAGGCGAGGGAGGGGGGCAAGGCGGAGCUGCGUCUGAAGCCCCGCACGUUGCCGUCGGCGACCCCCCAGGAGCGUCCGCACUCGCUGGCCGACUUCAAGACCUACAAGGACACCAAGGUGCUGGUGGCCAAGUUCCUGGAACAGUCCAGCUGCAGCCUGCCGCCCGAGAUCCAGCAGGUGGUCAACAGCAUCCGCUACGUCAUCAAGUCCGACGAGAGGCACAUGGACGAGGCCAUCUUCAGCGCCAACAUCAUAGAUCAGGUGAUGACCCAGUCCCAGCGGGCGGCGGGGAGCCCCAGGAAGCGCCUCCAUGAGGAGCUGCACCUGCAGAGCUGCGGAGCGCUGAGCUCCCCCUGCACGCCGGUGCGUCUGCGCCACUCCACCCCCGGCGCUCCGACCCCCGCGCACCCCUCCGAACCCCCAGGAUCCACCCCCACAUCCGCCCCCACCCCCACUCCCACCCCCGCCUCCGCCCCCACCCGCCCACACAGCCUCAUCAGUGUCUGCAGAGAGACCAUACUCUGA